GCAGCCACCGCCGCCCUGACCACCAGGGCGCCAACCGCGGGGACUCCGGGCAGCCGGGCCCCGGCCCCGCAGCAGCCGCCCCGCUGCCAAAACAAACGGCCCUUCGCUAUUUAUUGGAGGCGGCCGGGCAGGAAAGCUCAGAGCAGGCGGCCAGCCCCAGGCGCCGGGCAGCAGCAGCGGGGCGCACGGCAGCACCUGCCCGGCACACGGCCGCCUUUACGCACUGGAUGGCGACCCCCCUGGGGCACGGCGAGCACCCCGGCCGAGCCUGAAGGGCUCCCGGGCUGAGGACCCCCCUGUCGCCCGCCUCCCCUCCCCGGCGGAGCUGCCCAGCGUCCCCGCUGUCCCCGGACUUCCCUGCCAUGAAGCUGGCCCGGCUCCUGCUGCUCCUGAGCGGAUGCGCGCUGCUGCUGGCCCCGGCGGUGCGGGGGUGCGGGCCGGGCCGGGUGGUGGGCAGCCGCCGGCGGCCCCCCAGGAAGCUCAUCCCGCUGGCUUACAAGCAGUUCAGCCCCAACGUGCCCGAGAAAACCCUGGGCGCCAGCGGCAGGUACGAGGGCAAGAUCGCCCGGAACUCGGAGCGCUUUAAGGAGCUGACCCCUAACUACAACCCCGACAUCAUCUUCAAGGACGAAGAGAACACGGGAGCCGACCGCCUCAUGACCCAGCGCUGCAAGGACCGCCUGAACUCCCUGGCCAUCUCGGUGAUGAACCAGUGGCCGGGGGUGAAGCUGCGGGUGACCGAGGGCUGGGACGAGGACGGGCACCACUCGGAGGAGUCGCUGCACUACGAGGGCCGAGCCGUGGACAUCACCACCUCCGACCGGGACCGCAACAAGUACGGGCUGCUGGCACGCCUGGCCGUGGAGGCUGGCUUCGACUGGGUCUACUACGAGUCCAAGGCCCACAUCCACUGCUCCGUCAAGUCAGAGCAUUCGGCGGCAGCGAAGACGGGUGGCUGCUUCCCUGCCCGGGCCCUGGCGACGCUGGAGAGUGGGGCGAGGACCCCGCUGUGGGCGCUGCGCCCGGGGCAGCGGGUGCUGGCUAUGGAUGAGCAGGGCCGGGCCACCUACAGCGACUUCCUGGCCUUCCUGGACAAGGAGGCGUCGGCGCCCACCACCUUCCACGUGAUCGAGACCCAGGAGCCGCCCCGUCGACUGGCCCUGACCCCUGCCCACUUGCUGUUCGUGGCCGAGAACUCCACGGCGCCCGCUGCCCGCUUCCAGGCCGCCUUCGCCAGCCACGUGCGGCCCGGGCACUACGUGCUGGUGGCAGAGGUGGGGAUGAGCCUGCGGCCGGCCAGGGUGGUGGAUGUCUCCACCCAGACGGACUUCGGGGCCUACGCCCCCCUCACCCGUCACGGGACCCUGGUGGUGGAUGAUGUGGUGGCCUCCUGCUUCGCCCUGGUGCAGGAGCAGCGGCUGGCGCAGCUGGCGUUCUGGCCGCUCCGGCUGUACCAUAGCCUGGCGGGCGGGCACAGGACGCAGCCGGAGGGUGUGCACUGGUACUCGGGGCUGCUGUACCACCUGGGCCGGCUGCUGCUGGCCCCGGAGAGCUUCCACCCGCUGGGGACGGCCCAGUUCGAGAGCUGAGGGCUGCCGGGGAGAGGAGAGGGACGGGCGGAGGGGUGGCCAUUGGGCCGCUCUGCCGGGAGCAGUGCCCGGGGCAGCUGCCUGGGAAGAGGAGCCAUCCACGCUCUGAAUGCCGCCUGCCCUAGGAAGCGGGGCCGGCUGAGCCCGCGCAGGGCCCGGCCAGAGUGGGCAGGGAGGCUGGGGCACGUCCUCCCCUGGGCCCGGGUCCCGUGUGCCAGCGAGGCUGGGCACCACCACGGACAGACCCCUGCGGAGCCACCAGCCUGGGGCUGGGGGACCCGUCUCAUGUCCCCAGCUACCCCAGCUGCUCCGGGAGGCCUGGACCUGUGGGGCCCGGACGCCAGUCUCCCCUGUCUGCUGCUGGCGCCAGGGCUGCCCCGGCUCCCUGCCAGCCUGGGCUCUGCCAACCAGCCCAGGGCCCCGGGACGGGGGCUGCUGGGGGGGCGCCCCCAGAUGAAUCUACAUGCUGCUAUUUUUGUGCGUGAGGCGAGUUCCAGGGA